GGUGCUCUUGUUGCAGGCGGCGAGCGCAUCUCAAGCGGGGCGACCCCUGGGGAGGGUCCUGGCGAGGUGUCCGUCGACGAGGGCCCCGAGCUGGACGAGCUGAAUCAAGACGACGAGCAGCUAGGGCUGGUGGUGACGACGUGGACGUCGCUGCAGGACGAGCAGUGCCCCGCGGAGGACGCGGCGAGGGGCGGCUCUGGGGACGGCGCGGUGCAGCCCGAGCAGCGCGACGAGGAAGUGGCGCCUCCUCCCGGCGACGCAACCAGGCAGGGCGGCUCCACCGCCCGGUGUGGAACCCGCGACGCUCAGCCUGCGCACAACAAACAACAGGACGACCAGCAAGCCUCGCGGGUGCCGCGGAAGAAGCAGCUUGACCGGAAGUACACCGGCAGCGGGAGCGGAUGUAAAAGCAAUCCCAGUGGUGCUCUGCAGGCGAACUCAAGCGGGGGCACCGGCGGGGCCUUAAAAUGCGAUGUCUGCGAGAAGAGUUUUUCAUAUGCGAGUGAUCUGAAGAGACACAAAAUGUAUCACACUGGUGAAAAGCCAUUUAGCUGUGACAUCUGUCCAAUGCGUUUUACUCAGACAUGCCAUCUUGUCAUUCACAUGAGGACACACACUGGUGAAAAGCCUUUCGAGUGUGACGUAUGUAAAACGCGCUUUGUUGAGAAAGGCGCUCUUGUCAAGCACAUAAGGACACACACUGGUGAAAAGCCGUUCGAGUGUGACGUAUGUAAAAUGUGUUUUAUUGAGAAAGGCACUCUUGUAAGGCACAUGAGGACACACACUGGUGAAAAGCCAUACAAGUGUGAGGUGUGUGACAAGGCUUUUAGUCGUCUAUCAAGACUCAAUAUACACAAAACAAUUUGUAUUUCUGUUUAAAAUUAUUUCAUUUUAAACCCUCAAACUUGUAACCAACAGCAGUUUUUCAGCAAAAUUUGUAAUGAAUUAUUUUUUGUUUGUUUUUUGUAAUACAAAUUAAAACGAGGGUAGGCAGAAUUUAUCAGCA